CCGUUCGCGGUCGAGCUCCGCUUGCGCGUCCGCUCGACGCCGGCGACGACGAGCACGCAGGGCGAUCACGGUCGGCGGCGGCGAAGGGUCCGCCUCGCGGCGCAACACGUCGAGUGGCACGCGCCGGCGCUUGGGCCUGUCCCUUGCCCUGGCCCUUCCUCCUCUCCCUCGUCCUCCUCCUCCUCCUCCCUCGCGCCCGCGUCGACUGCGCCGCUCACCCCGUCGGCGGCCGCACCGCCACACCGCCCCGCCGGCCACGCCGCGCACCCGAGCAGUUCGGCGCUCCCCCUCCCCGGCGCGCUCCCCUCGACCCUCCCGCCUCGCCCGCACCCGCACCCGCACCCUCACCCGCACCCUCACCCGCACCCGGGCCCGCACCCGCGCCGAGCGUCCCUCGACGCGCCCGCCCCGCCCCCCGCCCCGCCGCACGCCCCCGCCCACGCCCUCGCACACGCGCAGGACCGCCCGGCCCCGACGCUGCGCGGCGUGCGGAUCCCGCUCGCGCGCCCUGGGCGCUCUGCUGCUGCUGCCGCGGCGGCAGGAGCGGGCCCCUCGGGCUCGCCCUCGGCAGGCGUCGUGCGGCUCGGCGCUGGGCUCGUCGACCUCGGCGAGGUGGUGCUCGAGCCCUCGUCCUCCUCCGACGGCGGCGGCGGUGGCGCGCCGGUGCGGCAGAGGCAGGGGCGGUGGCACGACGUGGCGUGGUCGUGGCGGUUCGUGCCGCGCGUCGAGGGCCUGCUGCGCGUUGGGGGCGUCAGGGUGCUGCUCCUCGAGAGCGGCGAGGAGGGCGACUCGGAGGAGGAGGAGAAGCACGAGGGCGCGGGCGACGAGAGGUGCGCGAGGACGGUGCUCGAGCUGGACACGGUCGCAGAGGUGUGGGUCGAGGCGUAGAGAGUGCCGAGGUUGGCGGCGGGCUGCACCGAUCCGAGCGAGAGGUUCAAGCGGCG